GGGAGGCUGUGUAUGACGUGGCCUUCUGUGGUGUCUACGAUGACUUGAACGGCUGCGCUGAGGGUGAUGAACAAAGAUACUCAAGAAAGUGAUGCUUAGGUAAUCUAGAUGUUAUAGAGAAGGGGGGUGAGAAGCAUUUGUAUUCUAGCGCGUCUGUGCGUCAAUAAACAAUGGGUCGCAUUACCCAGAUGUUAAACCCUCCAAAAACCCACAGCCCUAAAUUUCUUCCCAUCAAUCCUUCUCUUCAUGCACUCUCUUCAUUUUCUUCCUCGCGAAUCACUUUGAAGCCACCAAAGUUUCUAACUUUAUCUGUCUCGGCGCUAAUGCGAAGCCAGCAUCAACAAGAACCUCAACAACAUUUCUCUUUGGCUGAAGCUCUCCUCAAUAGUAAUCGCAAGGAAGAAGUUCUUGGAGACAUCAAAAGCUCCCUCUCAAACUGCCUCUCUGAAACUAACCUUCAUCUGACCAUUCCUAGUCUUAAGUCCAAAACUAGAGGCAAGGUUAGAGAUAUUUAUGACAGUGGAGACUAUCUUGUUCUGGUGACGACUGAUCGGCAGAGUGCAUUUGACAGGAUUCUUGCUUCCAUACCUUUCAAAGGCCAGGUUCUUAACGAGACAAGCCUGUGGUGGUUUGAGAAAACUAAGCACAUAACUUCCAAUGCUGUUGUAUCAGCUCCUGAUAAAAAUGUUACCAUUGCAAGAAAAUGUUCGGUGUUCCCUGUUGAAUUUGUUGUUAGAGGAUACGUGACUGGAAGUACUGAUACAUCUCUAUGGACAGUCUACAAUAAAGGCAUCCGAGAAUAUUGUGGCAAUGUUCUCCCAGAUGGAUUGGCCAAAAAUCAAAGGCUGUCUGAAAAUAUAAUCACGCCAACAACCAAGGCUGCAGAUCAUGACGUGCCUAUCACUCCUGAUGAGAUUGUUAGAAGUGGACUCAUGACCCAAGCUGACUACGAAGAAGUAAGCAGGAAAGCGUUAAGUUUGUUUGAGUAUGGUCAGCAUGUAGCUUUGGAACAUGGCCUCAUAUUGGUGGACACUAAGUAUGAAUUUGGGAAGGCAAAUGAUGGUUCAAUUCUUUUGAUUGAUGAGGUGCAUACUCCUGACUCGAGUAGAUACUGGAUUGCCAACUCUUACAUGGAACGCUUUCAAAAUGGUCUUGAGCCUGAGAAUGUUGAUAAGGAGUUUUUAAGAUUGUGGUUCAAAAGUCACUGCAACCCCUAUGAAGAUGAGGUCCUUCCUGAUGCACCUGAAGAUCUUGUUUGUGAAUUAGCUUGGCGAUACAUAUUCUUGUACGAGACAAUAACACAUUCAAAAUUUGAUGCAUCUUCAUCAGAGGAACCAAUGCACGAUCGUAUAUCUCGAAACGUCGCAUCUUCACUAUCUUCUCUGAAGUAGAUAUGGAAUUUUAGUUUAGGCCCUACCACCGCUCUGUGAUUUAAGAGCCUCUUUCUGACUUGUUUUUGGGGGGUAAAGGGCGAUUCCGUUACCAAUACUAAUGUAUAAUAACAGACUGAGGGUACAGUGGCUGUCUUCUAUCAGACAUUGCAGGUGACAUUUCACUGCCAGCAAGUCCCAAAAUAAACUUAUGGUGAGAAGGUGAAGUUAUAAAAUCAUGAUUAUUGGUGAAACUCCAUGUCUUUCCAUGAUCUUCAGAAUCAGUCUUGAUUUAAGGCAAUAAUGACAAAUAAAUUUUCAAAUUUAUUAGUAAUAUCUUGUGUUGUCCUCAAGAGGAAACAAGCUUUCUAUGGGAACCGCCAAAUGUUGUGCUUUGGAUGUAUAUUCUUUGUGACAUGGUUUGAAAGAAACCAGCAACUUGUUUCUAUAACAUGUCAGUAUUAGUUUACUUUGAU